AUAUAAUAAUUUUCAGGUCUCAGUGAAAAGAGUGCGAAAACAUGCACGAAGCCCCCCUUUAUUGGCGUUUGUCAUCCACUGACGGAGGCUUGGUAUUAUGACGCUCACAACAACACCUGCAAGAUGUUGACACCUGGAGUUUGCGCUGGAGGAAACAAUCUGUUCCCCAAUAUGAAGAAAUGCAUGAAACAGUGCGUGCCCCUGACUCCAUCCUCCUCAAAAGUAUGCCUGCAACCACCAGCCGUUGGCCCGUGUGGACCACUAAAGGUGUCCUGGUUUUUUGAUCCUCAAACCAUGUUCUGUAAAAUGUUCAACCACACCAUUUGUGGUGGAGUAGGGAACUGCUUCCUGAGUGAGUUGAAGUGCCAAGAAAUGUGUCUACCAAAACAGAAGCCGGAGGUUUUCUGCAGCAAACCGGCAAAACCUGGCAGGUGUUUGCUUGCAAAGAAACGGUUCUACUUCGAUGAUAAAAAGAAUGCCUGUCUCAUGUUCCCAAACAAUAAAUGCGGUAGCAAUAGGAACGGCUUUGCAAAGUUCGAGAAGUGCAUGCAACGGUGCAGCUACAUCAAAUCUACAAAGACUGAGCAAAAAAUUAGUAAUGAGUUGCCUCACGGAGGCGUACCUGGUUAUCCCACGCCACCUGGUCACCCUGGGCCAUAUGGCCAUGCUGGUUACCCUUCCGCCCCCGGAGGUCAGCCUGCUCUACCCGGAAGUAUCGGUGCACCAAGUCCAAAUGACUUACCAGGCCAGCUAAGUAAACCUACUCUUCCAGGACAACCUGUCGUAACUGGCCCUCCCGGCAACGCCAUCCCAACUGGACUUCCGACCACGCCUGGUCAACCAAACCAAUCAGGUUCAGCUGUUGCACCCGGCCAAAACCUGACACCGGGCAAGGCCGUCAGACCGCCCAUACAGGGCUAGACUGUGAGACCAAACGUAACACGUCUACCUGGCUAUCCUAUGUCGCCGAACGUUUGUUACCCUUAAAACUCCAUCAAGCACCACCGACUCCACAACCAUUGCAAGAGAACGCACCGAAGCUAUCCAGCCAAACUGGCCGCUGAAAGAAGGGCCAACUACUCUUAUUGAGUAGUAGCCGGAUUCACGUUAAAUAAAAGAAAUUCAACUUUAUUCCCUAUCCCAUUAAGUAGAACGUUUAUUCUCAACACCACAUAAAAUUAUCUCUCGCCUAAAAAAUACGCCAGCUUGAUAUGUUCAAACAUACAAGCACAACACACUCAACUUCUUCUAGACAAGAACUUCAUUAUUUUUUUCACUAAAUUUUAUUUUCCGUCCCUUUCUAUCAAAAGGCUUUCAAGCGAAGCUUUGUUUGCCUACUUUCCUGGGAGUUGUCAGGGCUGUUCGGUUGCUGUUGAGUCGCAGUCUAUCUCCGCGGAUAUGUUUGUUGAAAUAUAUAGCAAUGCUAUGCACGCACCUAAUUGAAAAUGCCAGCUACCUGGUACUAUUUCCGA